AUGUCCUCAGUUCCGGCGACUCAGGUCUCGGGCCCUCGAGAUGAAUCGAAUGUUCCCGCAACCGAUCAGGGGAAAACGCCUGAAGGUCUUGGUUCUGCCGGCGCGGGACUACAUCCUACAGGAAGGCCGAAAACCGAAAAAGAGCUUGAGAAAGAGCGCAAGAAGGCAGAGAAGCUGAAAAAAUUCGCGGAAAAAAAUGCUAAAAAGCCGAUUGCGACGCCCAAGAACGCCGAGAAAAAGCCAAAAGUUGAGAAGGAGAAAACAACCGAUGCUUAUGAUCCUUUGAAAAUCGAGUCCGGAAGAUACGAGUGGUGGGAAAAGAAUGGCUUUUUUCAACCUGAAUUCGGUCCGGAUGGGAAAGUCAAGCCAAACGGCGCAUUCGUGAUGACACUACCUCCUCCUAACGUUACGGGGACGCUUCAUGUGGGCCACGCAUUAACUAACGCGCUUCAAGAUACCAUGAUUCGGUGGCAACGUAUGAAGGGGAAAACCGUUUUAUGGCUCCCGGGAUAUGACCACGCUGGUAUUUCUACGCAAAGCGUUGUAGAGAAAAUUCUGUGGAAGUCCGAAAAGAAAACCCGUCAUGAUGUCGGCAGGCCGGCCUUGACAAAUAUGAUUUGGGAUUGGACGCAUAAAUAUCAUAAAAGUAUCACUACUUCUAUGAAGAAUAUGGGAGGAUCUUUGGAUUGGACAAGGGAGGCCUUCACGAUGGAUGAAAAUCUCUCCGCCGCCGUCACGGAAACUUUUGUGAAGCUCCAUGAAGAAGGUAUUAUAUAUCGAGCCAACAGGCUUGUAAAUUGGUGUGUUGCUUUAAAUACUUCUCUGUCGAACCUUGAGGUGGAAAAUAAGGAUCUGGAGGGGCGGACACUCCUCGAUGUUCCAGGCUACGACAAAAAGAUUGAAUUUGGCGUUUUGACCCAUUUUCUCUACGAAAUUGAUGGCACAGAUGAGAAGAUCCAAGUCGCAACGACGCGCCCUGAAACCAUGCUUGGCGAUACAGGAAUUGCUGUUCAUCCAGAUGACAAGCGCUACCAAAAAUAUAUUGGCAAAUAUGCUAAGCAUCCCUUUGUGGAUCGCUUACUCCGAAUUGUUCCAGAUGAAAAGGUCGACCCGGAAUUCGGUACUGGGGUUGUCAAAAUCACGCCGGCACAUGACUUCAAUGAUUUCGUCCGAGGAAAAGAACACGAUCUGGAGUUCAUCUCAAUUAUGAACGAUGAUGGAACGUUUAAUGAUAAUGCCGGUCCUUUCACGGGUAUGAAGCGUUUUGAUGCACGAUACAAAGUGAUCGACGCUUUAAAAGAAAAGGGGCUAUAUGUCAAAUGGGAAAAUAACCCUAUGAAAGUUCCUCGUUGCACUAAAUCCAACGACGUGAUUGAACCAGUUUUAAAACCACAAUGGUGGAUGAAGAUGAAGGAGCUCUGUGAACCUGCCAUCAAGGCUGUCGAGAACGGCGAUAUUGUUAUCCGUCCUGAAAGUGCCGAAAAGAAUUACUAUCGGUGGAUGGCCAAUAUUACCGACUGGUGUCUGUCAAGACAGUUAUGGUGGGGACAUCAAGCGCCAGCUUACUUCGUCCAAUUUGAGGGCGAGAAAGGUGAUGAUAGUGAUGGAAAUCUGUGGGUGACAGGUCGCACCGAAGAGGAAGCAAUGGAGAAGGCGAAAACCAAAUUCCCCGGAAUGAAAUUUACACUUGUACGAGACCCAGAUGUGUUGGACACAUGGUUUUCCUCGGGAUUAUGGCCGUUUUCCACUCUCGGUUGGCCGAAAAAGACACAUGACUUGCAAAAUCUCUACCCGACGUCCGUUUUGGAAACCGGAUGGGACAUUCUGUUCUUCUGGGUCGCCCGGAUGAUUAUCCUUGGCAUAAAAAUGACAGGCCAAAUUCCGUUCCGUGAAGUGUACUGUCAUUCCUUGAUUAGAGACUCGGAAGGAAGGAAAAUGUCGAAGUCACUGGGUAAUGUCGUCGACCCUCUUGAUGUGAUGCGAGGCAUAACUUUGGAAGCACUACAUCAAAAGUUGCUGGAGGGAAACCUUGCCCAAAAAGAAGUGGCUACUGCCACUAAAUACCAGAAGAAAGCUUUCCCAAAAGGAAUCCCAGAGUGCGGUGCUGAUGCCCUACGGUUCUCGUUGGUGUCUUAUACUACUGGCGGAGGCGAUAUCAAUUUUGACAUCCAGGUCAUAUAUGGUUACCGAAGGUUCUGUAAUAAGAUUUAUCAGGCUACCAAAUUUGUUCUUGGUAAAUUAGGCAGCGACUUCGUACCCCGUCCAGCCGCUGUCAAGACUGGCGCUGAAUCGCUUUCCGAAAGAUGGAUUCUCCACAAAUUCAAUAUCGCAGCAAAAAUCGCAAAUGAUAAAUUAGAACAACGUGAAUUCUCGGAUGCGGCAUACGUACUAUACCAGUACUGGUAUAGUCAGCUUUGCGAUGUUUUCAUCGAAAAUUCUAAGUAUCUCCUGCAACAAGACUCUCCCACUGAUGUGCAGCAAUCCGCAAAACAAACUCUUUACACGGUUUUGGAGGGUGCGCUGACUCUGAUCCACCCAAUCAUGCCUUUCGUGUCCGAGGAGCUGUGGCAACGAUUACCGCGCCGCCCUGGUGAUGAGACCGUGACAAUUAUGAAAGCAUCUUACCCAGAGUACAACCCUACUUUUGAUGACCCCGCUGCAGAAACUGCUUAUGACUUGAUCCUCGCUACUUCGAAAGCCAUUCGAAGCAUUUUAUCCGAAUACGAAAUCAAAACAAAAGGGGACGUCAAGAUUCAGACUUACGACGAAUCAAGCCACAAGACCAUCAGCGAAGAGGUUGCGAGCAUCCAAUCUUUGAGCGGGAAAAACAUUGGAGAGAUUACCGUUUUGGCACCCGAUAAUUCAAUUCCCCCUCCUGGCUGUGUUGUCUCCUCUGUCGGAGCAAAUGCGGCUGUAUACCUCGAAGUUUCGAAUGAGGUGCGACUGGAGCAGGAGGAAAAAGCCAAAGCUAAUUUGGCCAAGGCUCUUGAAAUUGUCAAUAGACAGCGUGCAAUUAUGGAUUCCCCAGCAUGGCGAGAGAAAGCGAAACCAGAAGCAAGAGAAAUGGAAGAGAAGAAGCUCAGAGACGCUCAGAGUGAAGCAGCCAGGUUUGAAGAGCAGAUCAAAGACUUGGAAAAGCUAAAGAUAUAA